AUGCCUACUCAAACAAUUUUGGCUUCACGAAGGACGAUUUUGCUCACUACUUUGGUGCGACACGAACAGUUUUUACGGGAAUUUGAUCCCGAACGAGACUCCAAUGCCGUGGAAAUUCGACUUAAUAAAGUCCAGCAGUUGGCAAACGAUUUGGAGAACAUUCAACAACAGCUGGAAGAUGCAUCAACCACUGUUGAAGAAUCCGAGCAUAACGGCGCGUUGAGGCAGGAUUUCGAGCCACGCUUAAUCUACGUGGAAGGCGAAUUGAAAGCGAAAAUGAAGGAAAUUUCGCGUAAUGAGGCCGCGCAGCAAAAGGCUGGCAACAGCUCCCUGCAGGGAAUAAAAUUGCCCACCAUCACACUCCCGGAAUUCAAUGGUGACUACAUGCAAUGGUUGACCUUUAGGGACACUUUCGAGUGUCUUAUACACGACAACGUAGAUUUGCCCGCCAUACAAAAAUUUCACUACUUGCGUGCAGCGCUGAAGGGUGAAGCGGCGCAAGUUAUCGAGGCGAUUACAAUCAGUGCGGCAAAUUAUGACCAAGCUUGGAAAAUGGUCACUGCAAGAUAUUCCAAUGAAUAUUUGCUAAAAAAGCGUCACCUGCAGGCCAUGUUUAGCAUGAAGCCGAUCAGGCACGAAGGUGCGUUGACCCUUCAUCAGCUGGUUGACGAAUUUGAGCGCCACAAAAAUACGCUUCACCACUUGGGUGAAGAUACUGACGCUUGGAGCAGUAUUUUGGAGCAUUUAUUGUGCACCAAGCUGCCAACAAUCACGCUCCGUGAUUGGGAAGAGCACGCUUCCAAUGACGAAAAUCCAAGCUACGAGAAUCUUUUUCAUAAGUCGGCACCGCUAGAUCUCAUCCUCGGUGCCCGGCAUUACCACGAAUUCUUUCAAAGUGGGGCACAACAUAAAAUCUCGUCAGGGCUUCCCGUCAUCAUCGAAAGUGUGUUCGGAUGGGUCGUGAGCGGCUCAGCAUCGUCUUUGAAUCCUGCUGAGGAAAACUCGAAUGCAACAUCCAUCGUUUGCAUGAGCACUCUAGAGGAAUCGCUCGAACGAUUCUGGAAAGUAGAAGAGUUGCAGCCUGACUUUAACGUGAAGUUCGGCCAGUCCAAGGCAACAGCAUUGAGACGCUUCGAAUUGCUGGAAAGGAGGCUGGAACGCGAUCCACAACUAAAAGCGGACUAUCAUCAAUUCAUGAAGGAGUAUUUGGAUCUCGGUCACAUGUCGCCGAUAAAUGUUGGUAGGGAAGAGGAACAGGCCUACUAUUUACCACAUCAUCCCGUUUUUAAAUCAUCCAGCUCAACAACGAAACUGAGAGUAGUGUUCGAUGGAUCUGCAAAAAUGAAUUCUGGUUAUUCAUUGAACGAGAUAUUAUGCACCGGUCCUAUCGUGCAAGACGAUCUGCUGGACAUAAUCUUACGAUUCCGUACUUACAAGGUUGCGCUUGUGGGUGACAUAGCGAAAAUGUAUCGACAAAUCUUGUUGCAUCCUGAUGAUCGUCAAUUGGUUCGAAUCUUUUUCCGUUUUUCACCACAAGCCCCGAUGCAGAUUUUCGAACUCAACACCGUUACGUAUGGACUUUCGCCUUCAUCGUUCCUAGCUACGCGCACCUUGCUUCAGCUCGCAGAUGAUGAAGGUGCUCACUAUUCGCAUGCACAAGCUGCCCUGAAACGGAACUUUUAUGUAGAUGAUUUCAUUGGUGGUGCCAGUACAGUAGAAGAUACUGUCCGUCUUCGCCAGGAGCUAUCGGAUCUGCUUGCGAAAGGUGGAUUCGAAUUGCGCAAGUGGACAUCGAAUCAUCUAGGUGUUCUCAGCGGUUUAAGUGCUGAUCAGAUCGGCACCCAGUCAUCGUUGCAGUUCAUUCCCAAUGAAACGGUGAAAACACUCGGUAUCUCCUGGCAACCAGAAUCUGAUGAGCUGUGUUUUGAUUCGAACUUGCUAAUGCAGGAAUUAUGGCUGCUAAAAUCCGGCUGGGAUGAUCCCGUUCCCGAACAGAUCUACAACAAAUGGACAACGAUUAGUGAUGAAUGGCAAUCUCUAGCUACGUAUAAAACUAAUCGUCAUGUUCUUUUACCUGAUUCACAAGUAGAGCUCCACACGUUCACCGAUGCCUCCGAAGCAGCCUACGGAGCCUGUAUCUACGCGAGUUGUGAAAACGAGGAAGGAGAAAUACGGAUCAGCUUACUAGCAUCGAAGUCCCGAGUAGCACCUCUUAAACGCGUCACAUUGCCGAGACUCGAACUCAACGCAGCUGUUUUGGGAGCCCAUCUCCAUCACCGGGUCCAGAAGGCGAUGCAGAUCGAUAGCGUCGAGUCCUUCUUCUGGUCAGAUUCAACUGUAACGCUGAAGUGGAUAGCAUCUCCACCCAAUACGUGGAAAACAUUCGUGGCGAACCGUGUUGCUGAAGUGCAGCGCUUUUCUCAUCCGCGACAAUGGCGACACGUUCCUGGUUCCAGCAAUCCGGCCGAUUUGGUCUCUCGCGGCAUGUCGGCAGCGAAUUUCAUCAAAAGUCGACAGUGGCACUCUGGUCCGGAUUGGCUAGCUUUUCCUUCAUCGUCAUGGCCCAGCUCAAAGCCUGAUUCCAUCGACGGAGUGGAUCUAGAAAUCCGGCAGGUGAGUGCAAAUAUCGCUUCCACAUCGACUCAUCCAUGGUUCGAUAUUUCAUCGUCGUAUUCCAGAUUGGUGCGUAUAAUUGGGUACUGCGUACGUUUUACGCGUAAUACUCAACUGAAGGCGCGCACACAACCAUCAUUACACCACAACGUAGCACCACUAUGCAUCACGCCAGAACACUUGGAAGCAGCUAAAACUGUGCUUUGCAGAUUAGCACAGCAGGAUGCCUUCGCUCACGAAAUCAAGCACUUGACAAAGGGAGAAGCCUUAUGGAAGCAGUCAUCGAUACGCAAGUUAAGCCCCUUCAUCGACGAGACGGGCGUAAUACGAGUGGGAGGACGAUUAAAGCUCUCGCAGUUACCGUACCAAUCGAAACAUCCCGUGGUGCUUCCUAAACAGCAUAAGUUUACUCGUCUCAUGGCUGAACAUUACCACGAACAACUUAUGCAUGCUGGCGGAAGACUUCUACUAUCCCAGAUGAGAGAGCAGUAUUGGCCACUAGACGGACGUCGACUGGUGAAAAGCAUCGUGCGGAAUUGCUUUCGCUGUAUUCGCCAAGAUCCCGCAUUGGCACAGCAACCCAUUGGUCAACUCCCAUCAUCACGCAUUACACCGAGCCGGCCUUUCUCCAUCACUGGAGUGGAUUACGCCGGACCGUUCUACUUAAAGCCUGCGCAUCGAAGGGCCGCAGCUACUAAGAGCUACCUGUGCGUAUUUGUUUGUUUCACCACGAAGGCGGUUCAUCUUGAACUCGUGGGAGACCUCACAACCGCAGGAUUCUUAGCCGCACUGCGACGUUUUACUUCGCGCCGCGGCCUACCGUCCCACAUCCAUUCCGACAACGGUAAAAAUUUUGAAGGAGCCGAACGCGAGCUCAGGGAGCUUUUUCAGAUGUUCGACGACGAGCAACAACGGAACAUCAUUGUUGCUGAUUGUGCGAAUAAGGGCAUCACGUGGCACUUCACUCCACCGAAAGCUCCAAACUUCGGUGGAUUAUGGGAAGCAGCAGUCAAAACCGCGAAAAGACAUCUCUACCGGCACCUAGGCGGCACGAGGCUGUCUUACGAAGGCUACUGUACCGUGCUUCAACAAAUAGAGGCAGCAAUGAACUCCCGACCAUUGUUACCACUAUCCGAUGAUCCCGACGAACUAGCUGCACUAACACCGGCACACUUUCUAAUCGGCACAUCGAUGCAUGCUGUUCCCGAGCCGGACUACACUCACCUGAAAUCGUGCACCCUGGAUGAUCUUCAGAAGUGGCAGCUGCUAGUGCAACGUUUUUGGAAACAUUGGGCCACCGAAUACCUACAAGAGAUGCAGAAAAGUUACACACGGCCGGGCAGCAACAACAACAACAUACUUACCGGCAGGUUGGUGAUACUAAUGGACGAAUCUUUACCUACUACUCGUUGGCCUCUAGCACGCAUCAUACACACUCACCCCGGAGAGGAUCAGAUCGUGCGCGUGGUAACACUGAAAACCGCGAAGGGAAUAAUAAAGCGUCCGAUCACAAAAAUUUGCAUCUUGCCGCUGCGCACCGACAACGAGGACAACACAUGCUGA